GGAAUUGACGAGCGCUGCUUGGAAUAUCGCUCUGCCUUUUGGGACUAUUGAACCGGAUCAACGAGAUUUCUUGAAGAGGAAAAUACUACGUUAUUGUUCCUACUGUUGUCUGCGGAACCUCAAAUGAUCCCCACUUUAGCUUAAAUAUCCCUGUGUAUCCUUAUCCUUGCGUUGAAAUCGAAAAAUUCAGAACUCGUUUGCAAUGUUCCUGAGUCGAUGAAAGAAGGUGGACAUUGCAUGGGAAGAACAACAUAGACCUUAUUCACUAAUCAUCCUAACUGCUGUGCCGGUGCGUCAUCGUAAUCGAAGACACAUUUCUGAUUGUUAUGGGCAACGAACGCACUCAAUAAUGAAGUGAGAAAAAUAACCAUUUUAAAGCAGAUAUGAAGGAAAAGUCCAAGAAUGCGGCGAAGACGAGACGAGAGAAAGAAAAUGGAGAAUUUUAUGAACUGGCGAAAUUACUGCCUUUACCUUCGGCCAUCACAUCACAACUGGAUAAGGCUUCAAUCAUUCGGCUGACAACCAGUUACUUGAAGAUGAGAGCGGUGUUUCCGGAUGGGCUUGGGGAGGCCUGGGGCCAACCGACUAGAAUCAGUCCUCUAGAUAACAUGGCUAAAGAACUGGGCUCCCAUCUACUGCAGACUCUGGAUGGAUUCGUAUUCGUUGUGGCAUCAGACGGCAAAAUCAUGUACAUCUCUGAGACUGCAUCAGUCCACCUCGGCCUAUCACAGGUGGAGCUGACAGGUAACAGUAUAUUUGAGUACAUCCACCCGUCAGACCACGAUGAGAUGACUGCCGUGCUGAGUGCCCAUCAGCCCGUCCACCAUCACUUCCUGCAAGAGUAUGAAAUGGAGCGCUCAUUUUUCUUGAGAAUGAAGUGUGUGUUAGCCAAGCGUAAUGCAGGACUGACAUGUGGAGGAUAUAAGGUUAUCCACUGCAGUGGCUAUCUGAAGAUCCGUCAGUACGUGAUGGACGUGGCGCUGUAUGACUCGUGUUAUCAGAUCGUGGGCCUGGUGGCGGUGGGUCACUCUCUGCCCCCCAGUGGGAUCACCGAGAUCAAGUUACAUAGCAACAUGUUCAUGUUCAGGGCCAGCCUGGAUCUCAAGCUCAUCUUCCUGGACUCCAGGGUGGCUGAGUUGACUGGAUACGAGCCUCAGGACCUGAUCGAGAAGACGCUAUAUCACCAUGUGCACGGCUGUGAUGUAUUCCAUUUACGCUUUGCUCACCACCUCUUAUUGGUGAAAGGACAGGUCACCACUAAGUACUACCGUAUGUUGUCAAAGCACGGGGGGUGGGUGUGGGUGCAGAGCUAUGCCACCAUCGUCCACAACAGCCGCUCCUCCAGACCCCACUGCAUUGUCAGUGUCAACUAUGUUCUCACAGAUGUGGAGUAUAAAGACAUGCAGUUGUCUCAGGAGCAAAGUCGAGCAGCCAAACCCAGCCUGGCCUACAAGAGCAGUCUGGCCUCCUCUCAGGACCCCCGCAAACAACUCAAAACCAAAGCAGUGAAGAUCAAGAACAAACUCAAGACAGCCCCCUACCCUCAGACAAACAGCACCUACCAGCCUGACAAGCUGGACUGCUCCCCCCAGGGAGGGGGCUGGAAGGAGAGCCCCCCAUACCCACUGACCCCUUGCCAGGAGCAGAGCUCUGGCCUGUCUGGAGGCCCUGAGGCCGGAGAGAUCCUGUGUAGUAGCAACUCCCCCUAUGGGAUCUCCUUCCGCUACCCCUAUGGACACCUACCACACACAGAGUCCCAGAGGAGGUCGCGACCCACCCAGCAUUCCUCCUCGGCCUCACCCACCCCAUCUUCUCCUGGCCAGGCAGCCCGGCAGUUGCUUGGCUCCUUGCAAGGUCGAGGGGGCGAGGGGGGCUGGAACUGUGCCAACUCCAAAACCCACCACAGUAACAUCUCCGGCCACACCCUGAGGCCCUUCGCUGCAUCGUGUGCUAUCACCACCGCCAGCGCAGCAGUGUAUUCAGCGGGCAGCGCAGCAAGCAAGAGGUACCCACCCAGGGAGCCCUUCCACGACAGCUUCUCCAGCUGUUCAGCCCCGCGCCCUAACAGCAGGUUCAAGGAAGAGCCACAUGAGCAUCACACUCUUAGCCAAACCAAGAACACAGAGGGCCAUCUGCACUCCCAGCCACAGGCCACAAUAGAGGACAGCAAACUGCAGUUCAGCAGAGACCACCUCCUCAAGGCCUCAGAGCGUGGUAGUUGCAUAGGAGGGGAGAAGCCGUUGUCCUGCCCCCUGCUAACUGGCCCUGCGCUGGGGAAGGCAAGCUGUGAGCAGCCCCGGUCCCUUCACAGCCUGGGCCAGUCCUUUCCAAUGCAGAUGGUUCUAGAGCAGCGCAGAAGGCUAUGCAUGAUGGAGUCCCCCUACAGCUACAGUGCCACUGGCCCCCUAGAGCACACAGACAGCAUUGGUGAGCGGGGGACCCCCAAGCUGCUGGAGCCUGAGGCGGGGGAGGAGGAGAGGAGGAUGUGGAUGGGGGUCGGUGUUGGGAUGGGAGUCGGGCUGCCGGCCCAGACUCCGUACGUGUCUUUGAACCUACACCACGUUUUAGCCAAACAUGGCUCCUUCCAGGCCCCGCCCUACACUGCCAUCAGCCACUUGACGGACAAUUAUGGUUUCCGGGGCAACGAAGUGGGUUCUUACGGCUACAAGAGCCAGAGCCCUGCCUCCAGCUCCUCCCCUGAGACCCACAGGGAGAUCCCUCAUUACAUCGGCACGUCUGUCAUCAUCACCAAUGAGAGGUGACACAGCCCGGGGUCGAAGGUCAAGGAAAGACUGACACCCUGUGACUUUAGCCUUUUUAGUCAGAAACACAGACCACGACCUGAAGCUGUACCAGUGUCUGUGUAAUGGUCAGACAUAAGUCGAGUCACUUUCUGGAGACCCAGUCUGGUUAAAACCACCACAUCGUUCUGGCUCCAUAUCUGUUCUUCAGAUGUUUUCUACGCAGACAAACCAAUGUCAGACUCCUCUAAGGAGCAGCCAGUCAUUUCAGGUUCUUGAAUAUAUUAUAUUUUUGCAUACUGCAUACGUAAUGCAUUGUCACAUUCUAGCUCAAAGCCAUUUCUUUUGAUAAGAUGUCAAGCACCUUUGAGCCAUUCUGUACAUCAUAUGAGGUACAAAUUGCCGAUACAAAUACACACCUCUAAUGCUGUAAUUCAGAGGCUCCAGUCCUACAGACCAGAACAAUAAGAAACUAUAUUGGAAAGAAUGUAAAAAGCAGCAUUUUGACUGAAUGUAGCUUUAUUUCAACCCUACUUGCAAGCUGUUUCCAAGGCACUUCUUGUUAAGUGAGUGAUAUAUAAAAGAGAACAUAAAAUAUACAAAAUAAGAGAUGCUGCCCCUUCUUACCUUAUAGUUAACAUGGAAAUUUACAAAUGCGAAAGUAUAGAAUGUGGUCACCUUCCUAAAAGUAGCUUUUUUGAAUUCAUGAAUUUGAUCUACCCAUGGCAGAGAUUGGAAAUGUAAUGUGUAUAUUUAUUAUUGUGCAACACAGCAGCUUGCUUAUUUAUGAAGAAAACCAGGGUCUAAACAUGUAUGAGAAAUUGCAACUGCAUUGGGGAAAAUGAAAUAAAACAAGGUGGUUUGUUUUCAUUUUGAAUAAACAAUUCAAAUGAAAUA